AUUAUUCCUUCCGCGAAACCUCCAACUCUCUCAGCAAGAGUAAAUAACUGCAUUCUCGUACUCGCCCCUUUGCUUUUGGAACUGGAUAACUCCCCGCCCACAUGGCAGGCCGCUUCGUUCGCGCGUCGAAAUAUCGACAUGUCUUCGGCAAGUCUACCAGGAAGGAGUUUUGCUACGAUAAUAUCCACAUCAGCAGAAAUGCCUGGGAUACCAACUUGGUAAAGGUCAACCCCGAAUAUCUCUCUGUCAAUUGGGAAUCGAGCGGUGGAGGCGCAUUCGCCGUCAUCCCCCUCGAAGAGCGCGGAAAACUCCCAGACCAGAUACCGCUGUUCCGGGGCCACACAGCCACAGUCCUCGACACCGAUUGGAACCCCUUCAACGACCGCAUCAUUGCUUCCGGCUCCGAGGAUGGCAAGGUCUUCGUCUGGGAGGUGCCACGGGAUUUCACACUCUAUACCGAUGCUGAGGAGAUUGAGGAUGUCGGCCCAUCCGCCAAGCUGACGGGCCAUUCGAGAAAGGUCGGACAGGUCCUCUUCAACCCCGCCGCCGAAAACAUCCUCGCCUCCGCCUCGGGCGACUUCAUGAUCAAACUGUGGGACAUCAACACGGGACAGUCGCCCCUUACACUAAAGCACUCGGACAUCGUACAGAGCCUGUCCUGGAGCGCAAACGGCUCGUUCCUGGUCACGACAUCGAGAGAUAAGAAGCUCCGCGUCUGGGACGUCCGUCAGGAGAAGCCGGUACACGAGCACCCCGGACACGAAGGCGCCAAGAACAGCCGGGCCGUCUGGAUGGGAGAGCACAACCGUAUCGCCACCACCGGUUUCUCCAGGAUGAGCGACAGGCAGAUUGCCCUCUGGGAGCCCGGCCGGAAAGACCCCAUUGGCGGGUUUAGCUCCCUUGACUCCAUCUCUGGCGUGUGCAUGCCGUUCUGGGAUGAUGGUUCAAACAUUCUGUAUCUUGCCGGCAAGGGCGACGGAAAUAUCCGAUACUUCGAAUACGAAAACGACAAAUUCGAGUUCUUGUCCGAGUACAAGUCCGGAGAGCCUCAGAGAGGUAUUGCCUUUGUACCGAGGCGCGGUAUCAAUGUACAUGAGAAUGAAAUCAUGCGAGCAUACAAGACCGUGAACGACUCCUAUAUCGAACCCAUCUCCUUCACCGUCCCCAGGAGAGCAGAAACUUUCCAGGCAGAUAUCUAUCCGCCUGCCACUGGGCUCAAACCCGCCGUGUCGGCCAGGGAAUGGCUCGGUGGCAAGACUGGUAUCCCUCCGAAGAUCGACCUCGAGAGCGUCUACGAAGGGAGCGCGCCAGUCGAAGUCCCAGCCGACUAUAAACCUCCGGCGGCGGCUCCCGCGCCAGCAGCCGCAGCAAAGCCCGCCCCCAAGAAAGAGCCCGAGCCAUCGCCGGUGGCCGCACGAGCGCCCCCGCCAUCGACCUCGGAGCAAAAGGCCUCGAUUUCGGCCAUGGCGAACAAAUUCCAGGAUGACGACGAGGAGGAUGACGAUGACACUGAGACGUCCAGCUUCGAAGAGGUAUCGAGGCCGCCCCAGAGAGCGGCCCUGCCGGUUCGGUCCGAAGCAAAGGCCCCGCCGCCAAUCAAGGCCACCCCGGCUUUUGCGCAGGCCAAGCCCCCGUCUCCCGUGAAAUCGCCGCAGCAGUACUCGCCCACCGUGUCGCGGACCGCGAGCACGCCGACUGCGCCGUCGAUCGAGUCCUCGCUCGAGCAGAUCAAGCAACUCCUGGAGCAGCAGACCAAGAUAAUCAGCGCCCAGAGUAGCAGGAUCGACGCGCAGAGUGACAAGAUCGGUGAGUUGACCUCCGAGGUCGAUACCCUGAAGAAGAAGGUCGGCUCCGGAUCCCAGGACCAGAGUGAGAGGAUUCGACAGUUGGAGCUCGAGCUGGAGGCUGCGAGGUCUUGAGUGAUUGCCCUGCUUUGGGAGUGCUAGGAUAGGGGGAAGGGCCGACGGAAAAGGGUUCGUAGGUAUCAGUGUGCGGAUAAGCUGCUCUGUGAUGAAUGUCAAUCUCCAGCAUUGUACAAAAUUCGGUGUUGGGGAGUAAUCGAUGCGUUUACACUCUUCAGCUGGUCCAAAAGCUCGAGUUGGAAAAUAUCAGCGCUUGAUGCGAUUCGAUAUCAUGAAACGGUCGGAAUCCAGGCUUGUCGGGCUCCUCUCUUUGCAUCAAGCGACGAAGUUUUGAUUAAACAGCAGCUUGAGUUGCCAAAUGAACUUCUCUUUACGUUCCAAGCG